AUGAGGCUAUUCCUGAGUGUCCUACUAGUCACUCUGGCUCUUUACUGCUAUGAAGCCAAUGCAAUCACCUGUCCAGCCUUAGCAACUGAUAUGACAGACUUCCUUUUUCUAAAAGAUACUCUGUACAAGAAAACACUUGAGAAAUAUAACGCACCUCCAGAAGUCAUUGAGGCCAAGAUGAAAGUGAAGACCUGCACAGAUGAAAUGUCCCUUAGUUCCAGAACGCUAAUUGGGAAGGCACUGCCAACACCCCAGCUUCAUAAAGAGGAAGAGGAAGUUCCCCCUUCCGCCAAGAAGCUCGGGUGA